UGCUGUCGUGCGGGUGAACAUGGGGGAUAAACCUGCGGGGUGUAUUGCGCAGGUUGCCAUGCGAGAGACCGCGAAGUUACCCCAGUUCUCUGAUAUGAAGGAGGAAAGAAGGGUCAUCGAGGAAGACUCCUAUGUCGAUGAUCUCCUCACGUCCCACAAUGACCCAAACCGUCUAGACAAGAUUCAAGAGGGAGUGGAGAAGAUACUGAUAGCAGGAGGCUUCUACCUCAAGCCGUGGAUCCGGUCUGGUCAAAGUGGGAGGAGAGUCGGGACAGAGUCCAUGCCAGUGACUCUGACGUUGCCCAACCAGUUAAGGGAGGAAGAUAACAAAGCCCUGGGGGUUGGUUACCUCGUGCAAGAGGACAAACUCUUUGUGAUGGUCUCUAUCAACUUCUCCAGUAGGAAGAAGAAGAUGAGAACUGAGAUUGACCUCACUGAAGAAGAAGUGGAAGUAAAAACACCAAACCCACUUACUCGUCGUGUUUUACUAAGCCAAAUAGCUGGUCUGUAUGACCCGAUCGGUUUGGUAACUCCUGUGAAACAGAAAGGAGUAAUCCUUGUGAGAAGAGCCUUCCAGGAAGCUGGCAAGCUUACUAAAGAUACCUGGGAUGAACCUCUCUCUGACGACCUCAGAAGAAAGGCAAUUGAGCUGUUCAAGGAGUACGCUCGUCUGAGUAGCAUCAAGUUCUACAGAAGCCUCACACCUUCUGGCUGGAAGGGUAGACCCUGGGGAAUCACGUUUUCUGACGGGAGCUGUGAGUCCUAUGGUGCAGUACUGUACUUGCGAUGGGAGACGUCAGAUGGUGUGGUCACUCGGCUGGUAGAGUCAAAGGCCAAGUUAACUCCUCUCAACCAGAAAGGUGAUGCCGUCAAGGCUGAGGUGUGUGGAGCUGUCUUUGCCACACGUCUGAAAGGAUACGUGUUGAAGCAUGGACGAUUGGACGUGGAGAAGUGGUAUCAUUUCAUUGACAGUCAGACGGUGCUUGGGGCCAUCCAGAGAGAGAGCUACGGGUUCCAGACAUUUUUUGCGAACCGAAUCGGGGAGAUUCAGAAGGCUGGAGCUGUAACUGACUGGUGGUGGAUACCAGGCGAGGUCAACAUCGCUGAUCUAGUCACGAGAGGGUGCUCUCCUGAACUGCUGGGUGAGAAUUCUGUGUGGCAGAAGGGUCCCGAGUUUCUGUCUAGUCCAGUAGAAGAUUGGCCCAUAAAGUCCGCCUCAGAAGUGGCAGCUGAUGCUAGAGAGGUAGUGAGUGGGCUCCAGAAGAAGGCCUUCUCAGUGGUCCUUACCAGAAUUCAAGCAAAGAAAUUGUUAAAUCCUGGCAGUCCUGGUGGUGAAGAUCCAAUAGUCACAGAUGGAGUAAGCGGGGCUCCAGUGUCCUCCGAAAAUGGGAUGGAAUUGACCUUAACUGAGACUAAGGAGAAGGAGACUCUGUGGGGAGCCGCGCUCAUAGACCAAGUGGAUCCAACAAGGUGCAGUUCUCUUACUAGACUUUGUGGAGUAGUUGGUUAUGUCCGCAGAGCUGUAAAGAAGUGGUUGGCCCAUGUAGGCAGGGCCUCCAAGCCAGCAAAGUGGGAGGCAGUAUUGACAGUAAAGGAACGCAAAGCUGCAUUCGAAGACCUGUGCUUAGCCGCCCAAAAUGGAGUUACGUUUCCUGUGACGACGCUAGACAGACUCGUUGUCAGUAGGGAUGAGGCUUCAGGGCUACUGAGAUGUCAUGGUAGAGUCCAGGCUUUGACCCAAGGAGAGAUUGGUGUACCCUUGGUUCCCUACAAGGCGUGGAUCAGCACUCUUCUCGUGAGAGAGGCCCAUGAAACUAAUCACGAAGGGGUUGCUGGCACACUCCUCCGUGUGAGGUCUAAAGCAUGGGUGGUGAUGGGUUCAAGGAUUGCCAGAAAUGUUGUUGAUUCUUGUAUGCAUUGUCGGAAGAUCAAAGCAAGAAUGUGCAAACAGGUGAUGAGUGAACUUCCCCUUGAACGAACUAAACCAGCCGCACCAUUUGAGUUUACGACGUUAGACCUUUUCGGUCCUUAUGUUGUUAAAGAUACUGUAAGACGAAGAGCGGAGAUGAAAGUCUGGGGCGUGGUAUUCAGCUGUAUGGCUUCGAGAGCAGUACAUGCUGACAUUGUGGAAGAUCUGUCGACGGAAGGAUUCCUGAAAGCAUACCAGCGCUUCACAGCUCUUAGGGGUCACCCAAGAAAGCUCUGGUCGGACCAAGGGACCAACUUUGUGGGUGCCAGACCUGUGUUACAGGAGCUUUAUGAGUUCCUAAGUAACAUCGACAAGGAUCAGAUCCAGAAGAAGGCAGUAGUUGGAGGAACCGACUGGACGUGGGUGUUUCACCCGGCUGACUCUCCUCAUCGAAAUGGAGCAGCCGAGGCAGCAGUUGGUGUACUUAAGAGAGCUUUAAGUAGUGUUGGCAAGGAAUGUAAUCUGACAGCACUGGAAUUCCAGACCCUUCUGUACCUGGCUGCUAAUCUGUCAAAUGAGAGACCUAUCGGUGCCAGAGCUCAGGUACAAGAUGAGACCGUGGAAGUAAUCACUCCCAACUCGCUUCUGCUCGGUCGCGCAGGACCCAAUGGGGACUCCCGAGGUUUUGAGUAUCCAACUUACCCUGUCGUGCGUCUAAGAACAAUCCAGAUUGAGGUUGAUAAAUUCUGGAAGCGAUGGAGCCAGCUGGCAGGUCCAAACCUCUAUAUCCGCCAGAAGUGGCACGCGCCUGCUAGAAAUGUUGCAGUGGGUGAUCUGGUAUGGUUAGCUGAUCAGAACGCACUGAGGGGUCAGUUCAGGCUGGGUCGAGUUGUGGAGGUGUGUCCUGAUGCGAGGGGUGUAGUACGAGAUGUGAGAGUGGCAACAUGUCGAAGUUGUCCAGUUUCCGGCGGACAGUUCAAGAGAAACCGAGGUGAGGAGAACUAUCCCUCCACCAUCCUCCACAGGGAUGUUAGGAGGUUGGUGGUUCUGCUUCCAGUGGAGGAGCAGUAAAGGAUCCCCACCAUGGUGUGUUUCGGUGAAGGAUCCCCACCAUGGUGUGUUUCGGUGAAGGAUCGAAACUUUCCCCGCUACCAUCUUCCCCGAGGCUGGUAGUGUGUUUCGGUAAAGGAGGUCGUAAUAUUAUCAAGGACAAUGUGUGUUGUUUUGGACAUUAAAACUACCAUGAAGAUAGUUAUUCAUGUUGUAACAUGAUACGUUCAUAUUCAAGUAUGCAAUGUUAUUUGCAUGGAUAGAGAUAAUUUCAUAUCUAGAAGUGAAUUGUUUGGUUGUGGUGGCCUACUUGGAUUCUAGAAUCAGUAGACCAAGUGGGAGGUGUAGAACUUUCCAGCAGGUGUCGCUAUUAUUUUACAUAUGCAUAUCAUUAUUGAUAGAUGUUAUUAUUAUGUUUUGGGGUAUUUGAAGAAAUAAGUAUGUAUAUUUACCAUCUCAUUCUAAAUUUGAGGACAUUUAUGUUAUAUUUCGUAUAUGUUAAUCUUACUAGGUUACAGGUAUGUUUUAUUAUCUUUCCUAGUCACCAGAUUAUGUAUAUGUAUAUGCGUAGUUAGUCAGUGCGCAGGCGCCGCCUAUGUUCAUUUUCAUUCUGUUGUUGGAUCAGGACUGGUACGCUUGCCGGUUUACGACCUAGCAGUCGAACUAACUGAUUAGUUAAGACAAGCUAAACGUCACACAUAACUAGCUUGUGGAUGAUUAUUGUGCAUUUGUACACAAUAAAGGCUCGAGUUGUAUCCGCCGUGCUUGUCCUGAAACCCUUCCAGUGGGGAGUUUAGUGAGCUAUACCAGACAGCUUAUUAA